UGCAUCACUGUCCCUCACUUUCAUUGUCUGUCUUUACAACCAAAUUAAACCAUAGACUCUUUUGUUUUUAACCACAUGGAAUGAUUAAACCAGUUAGUAUGAAGGAAAGUUGAAAUAAAUAUUGUUAUUGUAGAUGCAGCAUGGCCCUUUAGUGCGGUACAAUGCAUUCAAUCCCUCUGUGUGCUGGUUGAAAACGAAACCAGACAUCCACGCUUUGGAUACAGAAAGAACAGGAGAACAUACAGCCUCGUGUAAUUUGGAGGGAACUCAUCCUUACUAGUCACCAUGUCAGCCAAAGACACAGUGAGGCGUAAUAAGAUAGUCAUUCAGACUACUUUGUGUGGAGACUACACGCUGAUCCUCAACAAGGUUCUCGAGCAGAAGCUGAUCACCGGACGUGAGUACAACAACCUUAAAAGUAUCAACAAAGAAACCCUGGAGGGACAUGCGGUUGAGCUUGUGGAUAAGAUCAUGAAUAAAGGAGAGGAGAGCUGCCAAGCUUUCCUCAACCUGCUGCAAACUGAUGAAGACAUUAAAGAGACUUAUCCAGAGCUGAAGAACAUACAGCUGAACAUCCCCUGCCUCCUACCUAUGCCUGUUCAAGCCAGUUCAUCUGACGAUGUUGAUGAUAAGUCACUGGAGAGCAAGAGGCAGAAGCAGGGCGAUCAGUAUCGGUUGAACAGCCGGCCAAUCGGUCUCUGUUUCAUAAUAAACAAUGAGAAUUUCUUGGAUGGCGAUGUUAGACAUGGAACCGGCAGAGACACUGAAAGUCUGGCAGAGGUGUUCAGCUGGCUGGGCUUCAGAGUGCUGAUGUGUAAAGACCAAACCAGGGACCAGAUGGAUCACACUCUGAAGAGCUUUGCUUCUGUGAGGGACUUCUCUCAGCUGCAGCAGCUGGAUGUCAAGGAGUGGUCCGGGGGCAGUUUCACUGAUUUUCAAGGAGGUGCUAAGCAUGGUGAUGCUUUCAUCUGCUGUAUUUUGAGUCAUGGAAGAAAAGGUGUAGUCUUGGGGAUCGAUGGACAGCCCCUUGCUAUUAAAGAAAUGACCAGAACCUUCAAGGCGACGGACCAAUCAGCUCUCACUGGAAAGCCAAAAGUGUUCCUGAUCCAGGCCUGCCAGGGAGGCCAGAUACAAGGAGGGGUGUUAUCAGAAGAUCUGCAGGCUGAUGAUUGUCAGUCACUCUAUAUCCCUGAAGAAGCUGAUGUCCUUGUUGCAAUGGCCACUGUUGAAGACUGUGCAGCAAUCAGACACAAAAUAGAUGGGUCAUGGUUCAUUCAGCCCCUGUGUGAGGAACUUAAGGAUGGCUGUCCAAGGGGUGAGGACGUCGUCACCAUCCUCCAUCGCGUGAACAACAAAGUAAGUCAGAAAGAGGGCAACCGCAACCAACCUGGCACAGUAAAGCAGAUGCCUGAAGUCAGAUUCACCCUGAGGAAGAAACUUGUGUUGUCACCACAUCACAACUAAAGCCAUGUCACCGCAAAUUAAAUUGUAUAACCUGCACUAUAUUUUUCAUGAUUUUAAUCCUUUAUUCUAGAAAGAAUACUGGAGCACUAUAUUCUCUGUUUCUUAUUUUAGUGUAUGUAAUAAACUCUGGUGAGGUUUUCCUCAGAUAUACAACUUUUUGACAACUUUUUAUAUUUUCUAUUAAAAAAAGGAUAAUUGUCUUCAAAUUGAUUUUAUUGCAGAAUAAACUUAAUUUCUUAUCA